GACGAAUAAAGGGGUAUUGUGCCAUAAAUUCACCAAAAAAUCGAAGGUGGAAUGGUGGAAGAGAGUAGGAGAGUCAUUGUUCUACAUUUGAUGCCAUUAUAUCGUGUCCCCAAGUCACCAUACGACCCUGGACUCUUGCUAGCUGCUUUCUCCUCCACUCGAAGUCUGGAGCGCUUUAGACAGUAACUCAGAUGCUUGCUUUGAGGUGUUUUUCUGCAAUUUCCAUAGGAAGGCCAGAACCAACUAUUCUUCUGGAGAAAAGUGUUGGACCCACCGUAGUUUGUGCUGCAAAAGGUCCUCGCCCGAGGUAUCCUCGAGUAUGUAAGAGUAAAAGGAGAAUAGGGACCAUUUCUAAGCCUGUCAAGCUUGUAGAGUGUAUAAAGGGUUUAUCAAAUGUCAAGGAAGAAGUCUAUGAUGGUCUUGAUUCUUUUAUUGCAUGGGAAUUGGAGUUUCCAUUGGUCACUGUGAAAAAAGCUCUAAGGAUCCUUGAGAAUGAAAGGGAGUGGCAGAAAACGAUACAAUUGACAAAGUGGAUGCUAAGCAAGGGUCAGGGGAGAACAAUGGGGACCUAUUAUUCCUUGUUGAAUGCUUUGGUUGAAGAUGGAAGGCUCGAAGAAGCUGAAGUUCUAUGGAAUAAGUUGCUUUCAGAGAACCAUGAAAGUAUUCCUCGCAAUUUUUUUGAGAAAAUGGUCCGUAUAUACUACCAGCAAGAAAUGCAUGAAAAGAUGUUUGAGACAUUUGCAGACAUGGAAGAACUCGGUGUCCGGCCAAGCGUUCACAUUGUCACAAUGAUGGGACAUGUAUUUAAGAAGUUGGAUAUGUUGGACAAAUAUAUGAAGUUGGAGAAAAAAUACCCUCCUCCAAAGUGGGGAUAUAAGUAUUUUAAGGGUAAAAGGGUCAAAAUAAGAAUAAAAGACUCUGAGUUGGACGAUGAUGAGACCCCCGGAGGUUUGUAGGAAUUUGCUGGCCGGAUGAAAAAACACAUUCCUCAGGUAAUGCAACUCUCUUACCUGAGCUCAAUAGUGGAAUGAGAUCAACGUGCAGAAAAUUGUUUUGCAUAUCACGGCCUUUGGCCCUUCAUGUAAAUUUGACACUUUUCUCGUUCCCUUUUAUGGAAAGGAAUGUGUGAACUCACAUCAUUUCUCUAUUGUCUAAGCAAAUUCUAAGUUUUUUUUUACUUAGGAGGAUGAAUGCUGCAGCGUUGAAGACUUUAUGAAUGAAGAACAAGAGUUACG